AUGACGGACUGUAACUAUGAAUCUGCUAGAGACAGUUUUUCCGACGCUGCAGGUGUUCUUUUACACCUGGCUAAAACCUCAGACCACGUUGUGAUUAGUGGCAAAUUAAAGGCUCAGUUCGAUAUGCUAAGUAUUCCGGCAGCUCAAUUGGCUGGUCGUCUUGCAUUGAUCAUGGGACGGACGGACAACAUAGAACAUCUGCUUCAGGCUAUCCUUGUAUACAUGUGCAGUUUGGCCUACACUGCAGUGAAAUUGCUGGUUGCCGACGUCGCCAACUUCAACGAGUAUCCUGCUCCUAGUUCACAAAAUACAUAUCAUGGGUUCACUCAUGACGCGGAUAUGCUGGAUGUUGGACAGCCAGCUCGAUUGACCCCGGAUACAUCGCCAACAUUUGGAGUACCACGCUUUGACACAGGUCCUACGGAAACCGGAGGUCUUUUCCCAGCAAAACCGAUGGAUGCUUACCAGCCUUAGUCCGUUUUCUUCCUUCACACAUGCGUGCAUCCUGCAUCUCCAACCUCUUCUCUGGGCAACCAUAACAUAACCGCCGUCCGUUCUCCAACUUUCCCAUUCACACAUGAACAUUCGGUAAAUACUAUAUCCUUCACACCCGUUCUUCGUCAGAGCCCAUCGUCCUGUCUUCGUGACUCUGUUGUGGGUGCACAUGUGUAUAAGUCGCCCGUUGCCACACCCGCCUUUCACGCCCAAGUAAAUUGCACUGUCACACUCCCCCGCCACAUCAUGUCUAGUAAUUGCUUAGCGUCCACCGAAACUCGUUUUCUCCCUGUGAACUGGUUCUUUAACCUUUGUGUUGUUGAAAGAGAUGUAAUUUGUUCUUUUUUGAAUAUGAUUAUCGUUGGAUUCUGUGAGAAAAACUCAUCCAUGG